AUGGCGGAGACGGUGGUGAGCAUGGCGAGGUCCAUGGUGAGGGGCGCCAUCAGCGUGGCAGCUUCUGCCGCUGCCGCUGAGGUGGGCCUCCUCGUCGGCGUCCGAAAGGAUAGGUUCAUUAAAGAUGAACUCGAGACGAUGGAGGCAUUCCUGGAGGUCGCUGAAUCAAUAAACAAGAAAGAUGUGCUCCUGAAGGUGUGGGCAAAACAAGUAAGGGAUCUGUCCUACAACAUUGAAGAUUGCCUCAAUGAGUUCAUGGUGCAUGUUGGAAGCCAAAGCUUGUUACGUCGGCUCAUGAAGCUCAAAGAUCGUCAUCGGAUUGCCACACAGAUCCGUGAUCUCAAAGCAAGAGUUGAAGAAGUAAGCAUCAGGAACACACGCUACAACUUGAUCAAGGGGGAGGCCUCCAACACAAUUGGUGACAUGGAUUCUCACAUGGAAGAUGUUCGCAAUCACUCUGCUAGCAACAUUGAUGAAGCAGAACUUGUUGGCUUUUCCAAGCCGAAGAAGGAUUUAAUCAAGUUGAUUGAUGUCAAGACUAAAGAUGGUGCAGCCAAGGUGGUAUUUGUUGUUGGCAUGGGUGGUUUAGGAAAGACUACUCUUGCCAGGAAAGCAUUUGAAAGUAAGGAAGAUACUGUGAAUAAUUUUUCUUGCCGGGCUUGGAUCACAGUCUCACAGACAUUUUCCAAGAUAGAGAUGCUCAAGGAUAUGAUCAUGCAACUUUUUGGAAAUGAAGAACUGAAGAAGCGGCUGAAGGAACUUGAGGGGAAGACAGUGCAAGUAGAUGAUCUCGCCAGCUACCUUAGGGAAAAGCUACAUGAGAAGAGGUACUUUAUUGUUCUUGAUGACUUGUGGACCAUUGAUGCAUGGGGGUGGAUCAAAGAUAUUGCUUUUCCUACUACCAACAUCAAAGGUAGCCGGAUAAUUGUAACAACACGAGAUAUUGGCCUAGCUCAGGAGUGUACUUCCAAAUCGCUUAUUUACCACCUUAAACACUUACGGAUAGAUCAAGCAACAAAUUUGCUUCUGAAAACGAUUGGGAAAACACACGCAGAAACAAAAAGUGAUGAAAAGAUGCGGAACAUGAUUUCCAAAAUAGUAAAUAAGUGUGGUGGUUUACCAUUGGCUAUACUCACCAUAGGAGGUUUGCUUGCUACCAAAGUGGUAGAAAUGUGGGAGAGUAUUUAUGAGCAGAUCCCUUCAGAGCUUGGGACUAACCGAAGCCUUGAAGCAAUGAGGAGGAUGGUCACUCUUAGUUACAACCACUUGCCAUCUCAUCUUAAAUCAUGCUUCCUAUAUUUAAGCAUCUUUCCGGAGGAUUUUGAAAUCAAGAGAAGACGUUUGGUUGAUAGAUGGAUAGCAGAGGGGUUUGUUAGAGCUAGUGGUGGAGUGAAUGUUGAGGAUGUUGGAAUAGGUUAUUUCAAUGAGCUAAUCAACCGAAACAUGGUUCAACCAUCAAAAGUGAACAUAGAAGGAAUUGUUAAGAGCUGCCGGGUCCAUGAUAUCAUGCGAGAUGUAAUGGUCUCAAUUUCUAGAGAUGAAAACUUCGUGCACCUCAUGGGAGAUAGUGAAGCCGGUGUAGUAGAUGGAAACUUCCGUCAUGUAGCAUACCAUGGUAGCGGGUGCCAGAAUAUUGGUGUGGAUUGGAGCCAUGUUCGGUCAUUGACAAUGUUUGGUGAUAGACCCAUGGGCCCCUCACCUUCAGUUUGUUCAACCGGCAUGAGGAUGCUUAGAGCCUUGGAUCUGAAGAAUACACUGUUUAAAAUUAGACAAAAAGAUAUCAACAACAUUGGGUUGUUGCGCCAUUUGAAAUAUGUGGAUCUUAAAGGAGCUUCAUGUAUAUAUUCUCUUCCAAAGUCUAUAAGGAAAUUACGAGGAUUACAGAACUUAGACAUUGGAAGGAGUUCUAUAGCAGCACUGCCAACUGGGAUCACUGAACUCCAUAGUCUCCGCAGCCUUCGCUGUAGCAGAUGGUAUUCAUACGACUUUUUUGAUAAGGAUGAACCCAUGGACUGUUUGAUGCACACAUUGCGCCUGCCAAUGCUAUGCACACCUUUAGCUGAUGCUGAUCAUCGUGCUGAAGUAACUGCUGAGCUACAUAUGGGAUACUCUAGCCGGUGGUCCAAGACAGAUGGUGUGGUGAUUCCAAGAGGGAUCAGUAAAUUAAAGGAGCUACAGAUACUAGAAGUGGUGGACAUCAAUCAAACUAGCAAGAAGGCAGUUAAAGAGUUGGGGGAGCUUAUUCAGCUAAGAAAACUAAGCAUGGUAGGUAAAGGAAGGUUUGCCGAGCAAAAACGCAAGAUAUUGUAUCUCGGUGCCGCCAUAGAGAAGCUCUCUUCCCUGCGCUCUCUUAGUCUGGAUGUUGACCAUAAUGGAUCACUCGAGUGGUUGCAUAAUGUUUCCUCCCCUCCUCCCCUGCUAAAUAAGUUGAAGUUGCUUGGAGAUCUUGGAGGGAAGAUGCCCGAGUGGGUUGGAAGUCUGAAGCAUUUGGUGAAGAUUCACUUGAAGCGGAGCCACCUAAAGGAAGGUCAAGUCACGGAAAUGCUAGGAAGGCUGCCCAAGCUCAUGCUCCUCCGUCUAAAUAUUUAUGCUUAUGUUGGGAACAAGCUAGUGUUCAGAGAAGAAGCAUUUGUGAAUCUGAGAACACUAUGCAUUACUAGUCAGUAUGAGCUGAGGGAGGUGAGAUUCGAGAAGGGCUCCUCGCCCAAGAUGGAAAUGAUAGAAUUCACUUGGUGCAAGUUGGAAUCAGGAAUUGUUGGUAUCAAUCACCUUCCAGUGCUCAAGCAGAUUUCACUUGGUUACCACGGGAAAGUGGCGAACCUCGGUAUGCUGCAAGCUGAAGUGGACGCACACCCCAACCAUCCCGUGCUGCAACUCAAAGAGGACCGCAGCAAGCAUGACUUGGGGAACAUCGCAAAAGGAUCGGAUGUUGUAGAAACAGAGGAGGAAGAGGAAGCAUCCCUCCUCUCAGAGACUUGUACGAGAUCUGCUUUACACUUACAAUUCAUGCUGAUGCUGCUCGCCUCUUGGAGAAGUGGAAGAUCCAACCGACUAUGUCACAAGACGCUACUCAAGUUUGGUGGCUGGUGGUGA